AUGUCUUUAACUAAGAGAGAAACUUCAAAAAAUCAUAUGCAUUCAGAAAUUAACAUAUUUAAAUAAGUUGAAUAAGAAGGAUUAAGAAGAAGACCUGGAUCUGGAUAACCAAUUUCUUAAAAGAAAUCACCUUUGCCAACCAGAAAACCUGGAUUAUCUGGAAAUUAAAGAGUUUUAAUUAAAGAACCUGAGUAACAUUUAAAACCAAGACAAUUAAGUAACAAUUCAUCAAAAACAACAUAAUAGUUACCAAUAAUUGUAAAGCAAUUUAGUAUAUUAUUUUAGAAAAGUCCAUCCCAAUAAUAGAAACCUCCAAUUUAAAUUGAUAAAAAACUUAUUAUAAUGAAAUAAGAGCAUGCAAUAGUAUCAGCAAGAGGUACUUUAACAGGAGAACGCUCAUAAAAAAAUAGUAGCAAUUAAAAUUUAUCGACGGCAGAUACAAAUAUUAAAUAAUUCAAUUGGGUUGAUGAAUAAGUAAAUUCACAUAGGAAUUCUUCAUAAAAUGUAUAUAUCUCAAUAUAGCAAGAAAAGAGGAUAAGGAUCAAAAGAGAAAUAGAACAUUACUUAAAGUUAAAAAAGUAGUAAAUUAUAAGAUAAUUUUAAUAAUGAUCAUCCUCCACAUAAUUAACCAAAAUGUUGUACAGAUUUUACAAUGACAUCUGGAAAAAAUGAUUUAUCUACAGCUUUGGCUUCAAUUAAAAUGGAAAUAAAGCAAACUGCUGAGUAAGCUCAUUAAAAUGGAAUUAUAUUAAACAUGAGUGGUAAUUGAAUUAAAUUAUAAUAAGAAAUUAAAGAGAUGGCUGAUGAUGGAUAUUCUUCAUUAGGAUAGAGUACGGUGUAUCAAUUUAAAAAAUGAGAAUAAUUUACUCAAUUA